AAUACCUUUUGUUUCUCUCACGUUGGGGCUACCCGUUUUAGGGCGCAAAGGAGCGGCUUCGGGAGUGGGUCUGGCUCCUGGAAAGCACCAGGAAUCGUCCCCGGCCCUCGCGCGGCCGGCCGGUGCGCCAGGGCCCGCGGACAAUCCUCAGUACGUGAACUUUGUUUGCCUUGGAAUCUUCCCCCUUUUUAUGUCAUUCAACUGAUUUAAUAAGAGCAGCAUUUAUACAUUUCCAGAAUGGAGAUCUCCUCGCAUCAGUCUCACCUGCUGGAACAGCUGAAUGAGCAGCGCAGGCAAGAUGUAUUUUGUGACUGCAGUAUUUUGGUUGAAGGAAAGGUCUUCAAAGCGCAUCGAAAUGUGUUAUUUGCUAGUAGUGGCUACUUCAAAAUGCUUCUUUCUCAGAAUUCAAAGGAGACAAGUCAGCCUACCACAGCCACGUUUCAGGCGUUCUCCCCUGACACUUUCACGGUUAUCCUGGACUUUGUCUAUUCCGGCAAACUGUCGCUUACUGGGCAGAACGUCAUCGAAGUGAUGUCUGCUGCCAGCUUCCUUCAGAUGACUGAUGUCAUUGAUGUGUGUAAGACUUUCAUUAAAUCUUCCCUGGACAUUAGUGAGAAGGAGAAAGAUCGCUAUUUCAGCCUCUCGGAUAAAGAUGUAAAUUCCAAUGGUACAGAACAUUCCUCUUUUUACAGCAGCAGCUGGCAAGAAGAAAGCAGUUCUCCACAUCCUCACCUCAGUCCAGAUCAAGGAACAGGUGGCGUAAGUGGGAAGUCAUGGAGUAAGUAUAAUUAUCACCCAGCCUCCCAGAGGAGUACUCAGCAACCUUUGGCCAAGCAUGACCAAAGGAAAGAUUCCAUUAAAAAGACCAAACAUUUGAGAUUAUCACAGCCUCCUGAAGUUGCUCAUUUUAAGUCAAGUAAACGAGAAGUACGAACAUACGAGUCUUCCAGCCACAUCUCCCAAUCAGAAGAACAAGCACAAAUGGAUGCUGAAAUGGACUCUGGUCCUGUAGGCUAUCAGUAUGGUCAAGGAUCUGAUGUCACAUCCAGGAGUUUCCCAGAUGAUCAUCCCAGGAUGCAGUUCAAGUGCCCAUACUGCACACACGUGGUGAAGCGGAAGGCUGACCUCAAGCGCCACCUGCGCUGUCACACGGGAGAAAGGCCCUAUCCAUGUCAAGCUUGUGGGAAGAGGUUCAGCAGGCUGGACCAUCUAAGUAGCCAUUUCCGAACAAUUCAUCAGGCAUAUAAACUAAUCUGCAGAAAAUGCAAACGCCAUGUGACUGACUUAACAGGGCAAGUGGUACAGGAAGGAACCAGGCGCUACAGACUGUGUAAUGAGUGCCUUGCUGAAGUUGGCAUAGACAGCCUCCCCAUUGAUCUGGAAGCUGAGCAACAUCUCAUGUCCCCAGCAGAUGGAGAUAAGGAUUCUCGGUGGCGCUUGAGUGAAGAUGAGAAUAGAUCCUACGUGGAGAUUGUAGAGGAUGGGUCUACUGAUCUGGUCAUACAACAGGUUGACGAUAGUGAAGAAGAAGAAAAGGAAAUAAAGCCCAACAUUAGGUAGCUGGAAUGUGGCCGGACAAUGCUGGCGUUUCUACAAUUUAUAUUGACUUCCUGUAUCUUUCAUUCCAUGGCCAGAGAGUGGUUAACAAGUUUAUCCUACUGACUUAAAACAUGACUGAUGUAACUUGCAUGCUUUCUGCACAGGCCAUUGUAUCUAUUCUGAACUUUGUUGCCCUAAUAUAUGUUGCUGCACUGGAAAGACAUAGCUUGAGUUGGCACAAUGGAUAAACAAUUAUCUACCUUUAUUACAGAGACACCCUUUUUCUUUUAAUGUGGAAGAGCUUAGCAGACUUUUUUCAAAGAAAAUGUUUUAAAUAAAUUUAUCACAACCAAA